GAGUGAAAGGAGGGUCAGUGUGUGUGUGUGCAUGCUAACAGUGUGCCUUAUGGACAGAGGGGGCUUGAGUGACUGUUGACUAGCCGGCUAGUAGGUGGAGGAACAGUAAGAACACAGACAGAACUCCGUGCUUGUUGGAUCCAGUGUUUGUUGUGGAAUCUAUACUCUCAGACAAGGAGGUUCUGGGUGACGGUGGGUUGAAGGAGCGGGAUGUCUAAGAUGACGUUGUGGUUGGGCCUUCUCCUGGCUCUCAGCGCAGGUCAUCUGGAUGCUUGGUUCUGGAACAAGGACCCUGAUCCUACUACCCAAGCCCCAACGAAGGCUCCGCCACUGGGCAAGGCAGGAGGACAGCCCAAGAGAGGUGAGGAGAACCUGGCAGGGGUUGGGGCAGAAAUCAUCAACGUGGCUGAUGGGAUCCGUAAGUUUGUGCAGACGUGGGACGCGACCCCAACCACUUGGACUGACGGUGGAGUGGCGAGCCCUACCACACAGACGGUUAAUAAGGAGGAGUCUGGUUCUGGGGAAGGAUCUGGGUCUGGGUCUAAGGAAGGAUCUGGGUCUGGGUCUGGGGAAGGAUCUGGGUCUGGGUCUAAGGAAGGAUCUGGGUCUGGGGAAGGAUCUGGGUCUGGGUCUAAGGAAGGAUCUGCGUCUGGGGAAGGAUCUGGGUCUGGGUCUAAGGAAGGAUCUGGGUCUGGGGAAGGAUCUGGGUCUGGGUCUAAGGAAGGAUCUGGGUCUGGGGAAGGAUCUGGGUCUGGGUCUAAGGAAGGAUCUGGGUCUGGGGAAGGAUCUGGGUCUGGGUCUAAGGAAGGAUCUGGGUCUGGGGAAGGAUAUGGGUCUGGGUCUAAGGAAGGAUCUGGGUCUGGGGAAGGAUAUGGGUCUGGGUCUAAGGAAGGAUCUGGGUCUGGGUCUGUGUCUAAGGAAGGAUCUGGGUCUGGGUCUGAGAUGGGUUCAGGAUCAGGGUCUGGUUCAGCGUCUGGUGUAGGGUCUGGGUUUGGAUCGGGGGUUGAGUCUGGUGUAGGUUCAGGGACCGGCUCGGGUUCUGGGUCAGGGCUUGGAGAAAGGGAAAGCUUGGUUCUCCCCACUAACCUAACAGAUGACCUCACAGGGGUUGAGGGGGUGAAACAGGGCGAACCAAAGACCAACCUCUCUGACAUCACUUCUCAUGACCACAAUGGAACCUGCCACCUCGUGUCCUCUGAUUGGCCGAUCUGCAUAUCAAGGGGGUCGAAGCAUUUCUCGCUGCCCAACUUCCUGAACCACACCUCUGUGGAGGAGGUUGGCAUGGCCCUGAGAGAGUGGGCGUGGCUGGCCAAGGCGGGGUGCCACCAUGGAGCCGAAUGGUUCCUCUGCCUCCUCCUCGUUCCCAGGUGCCCGCUGCCUGGCCAGGUGCUCGACAAGGUUCCCCUGCUGCCUUGCUGCAGCUUCUGCCAAGUCCUGCAAGACAGCUGCUGGCCAGCCCUGGAUGACGGGCGACUUCCUGUAGAGUGUAAUUUGCUGCCCGACAGGGAUCAGGAGGCGGGGUUGCGGUGUCCGCCAUGCGUGUCAGUUAGUCAUCGGAAAGCAGAGAGUGGUGUGACUCUACUGCAGCUGAUCGGAGACCUGCCUCCUGAUGAUUCCCAGGCCGGUCCGGGGGGGAAACCCGCCUACUACUUCGGAGGGCAGGAUGGGCUGACUGCUGCAGGACAGCCGGCCCUGGCUCACCUCCCCAACCCCUUCUACAGAGACUUCUCCCUGGUCUUCCAAAUCCUCCCCUCCAGCCCCGGGGUCCUCUUCUCCAUCACAGACGCCUCCCAGAAGUUCAUGUACGUGGGGGUGAAGCUGAGCGCCCCGGACGCUGACGGCAGGAAUCAGAAGAUUCUGUUCUACUACACAGAGCCCGACUCGGAGGCCUCGUACCUGGCCGCUAGUUUCACCGUGCCCUCCCUGGACCUAGUCUCCUGGACCAAGUUCUCUCUGUCCGUGUUCAACGACCAGGUGACCUUCUUCAUGGGGUGCGACGCCUCUGGGAAGACGGUGAAGUUGGAGCGCUCGCCGGAUGACAUGGAGCUGGACAGGGGGGCGGGCAUCUUCGUGGGUCAGGCGGGAGGCGCGGACCCUGACAGGUUCGAGGGGGCGAUCGCUGAGCUGAACGUGGUGGGUAACCCUCGAGCAGCUGAGUUACUCUGUGAAGACGAUGAUGACUCAGACGCUGCCUCAGGUGACUUUGGCAGUGGGGAUGGGGACAGAAGAGAGACCGGCAAAACUACCACACCUCCAUCUCUCCGACCGGUGCCAGAGCCCCCUCUGACAUCAUCAGUGAGCGACAGGCUCUCAGAGACAGGUGACAGGAAUCAUCAGACCUCAGUAGAGUCCAGACCAGGGUCAGGAGGUCAACCAGGCCCUACUGGUUCUAACGGACUGAAGGGGGACAGAGGGGAGAAGGGCAGUCCAGGGGACAGAGGUCCCGCCGGGCCAAAGGGAGACUCGGGGUCUUUCUCCAGCUCUGCCUCUUCAUCAGGCGGAGGAGAACGUGGAGAAAAGGGAGACAAAGGCUUGAAGGGCAGUUCUGGGUUUGGUUACCCAGGCUCCAAGGGGGACCGUGGUGUACCUGGUCCCCCUGGCCCUCCUGGCCCUGGGGGGCCAGCUGCCCAGGUUGUGAGGCUAGGGGACGGCUCUGUCGUGCAGCCAGUGGCCGGGCCAAUGGGACCGAUGGGGCCCCCAGGGGCCAAAGGACCAGCAGGACCCCAGGGACCAGAGGGAGAGGCGGGGGAUCCAGGAGAGGAUGGCAAAUUAGGACCUGCCGGAGACAGAGGGUUCCCAGGAACACAAGGAGACUCAGGGGUCAAAGGACAAAAGGGGGAUCGUGGUGAUGGUCACCCAGGACCCAGGGGUCCUCCAGGGCCACCUGGACCCCCAGGCCCAGGGACAGUUGAUCGCGCUACAUUUGUGGAUGUGGAAGGCUCCGGAUUCCCAGAUUUGGAGAAAAUACAGACUUUCCGUGGUCUACCAGGCCCCCCGGGCCCACCAGGUCCCCCUGGCCCCUCAGCCGGUGGUGUCAGCUCCCAUGGGUCAGGCUCUUUCGGGCCCCCUGGACCUCCCGGACAGGACGGGGCCCGUGGCCUACCAGGGCCCGCUGGUCCACCUGGCAGGCCUGGAACCCCAGGACCCAGUAGCGGAGAGAAGGGAGAAGCUGGUGAUCUAGGUCUUCCAGGGCCCAGUGGAGAGAGGGGUUCUCAGGGUGACCCUGGAGUGCCUGGUCAGGCAGGGCAGGGGGGCUUGGCUGGGCUUCCUGGGCCCAUGGGACCGAUUGGGCCUCCAGGACCACCCGGACCCCCCGGACAGUCCUACCCCGUGCGUUAUGGUGACGGGGAGGGUUCCGGAGUGACGGGGGUCAAUGGUGUUGCUGGAGUGAUAGGGAUUCCAGGACCACAGGGUCCGCCCGGAAUCGCUGGCCUUCCGGGAAGAUCUGGUUUGCCUGGGCUUUCGGGAGAGAAGGGGAGCGAGGGAGCAAGAGGACGGGAUGGAACACCAGGGAUGGACGGAUUCCCAGGACAAUUGGGAGACAAAGGGGAGAGGGGAGACAGAGGAGAAAGGGGUGAGCCAGGACGUGAAGGGGGGCCCCCUGGACCUCCAGGAGCCCCUGGCCCACCGGGACAGAUCUACCAGACUUCAGGCAGUUUUGAUGGAGUUCUUGUGAAUCAAGGACAGGGAGGACCAGGUCUUCCCGGCCGGGCAGGAUUCCCAGGGCCUAUGGGACCAAAGGGAGAUACAGGAGAGCCUGGACAGCCAGGAUACGCAGCUAAGGGGGAGAAAGGAGAACCUGGUAUUAUCAUGGGGCCUGAUGGAAGACCCCUGUACCUGGGAGGGCUGGGGUCUCAACCGGGAGAGAAGGGACUCCCGGGACCUGAGGGACCUCCUGGUCCCUAUGGUCCAGCUGGUCUAAAGGGAGAUAUAGGCAUGCCAGGUAGACCGGGCCGUCCUGGGUUGAAUGGUGUCAAAGGAGAGAGGGGAGAUUCAGCGGGAGGGACUGGAGGAUAUGGAGGUCCUCCAGGACCACCUGGUCCACCCGGACCCCCCGGGCCAGCAGUACCUCUGGACAGGUUCAAUAGGGAUGAUGUCUCACGGUUAUAUCCUGACUCCAAAGGAGACAAAGGUGAUCGUGGAGUACCAGGAAUACCCGGGGUACCAGGUCUCACGUCCAACUUUGACAUCUACACCUUCAAGAGGGAGAUGAAGGGAGAGAGAGGAGACUCGGGGAUGAAGGGGGAGAAGGGCGAGCCAGCCGGAGGAUAUUAUGGCGGAGGUUACGGUGGACAGGGUGGUCAACCUGGACCUCCAGGACCUCCGGGGCCAAAGGGAGAGUCCAUCAUCGGUCCUUCAGGGCCCCAGGGCCCUCCAGGUAACUCAGGAAGAGGGUACGAAGGCAGGCAAGGGAACCCAGGCCCACCGGGGCCCCCCGGACCUUCAGGAUCAUCCUCCUCACCUGGAGCCUACAGGCCAACACAGACCAUCAGCAUCCCUGGACCUCCGGGCCCUCCUGGCCCACCUGGAACUGAUGGACACUCCUCUGGGGUGAUGGUGCUGAGGUCAUAUGACACGAUGACAGCCACGGCCAGACGACAGGCAGAGGGGACGCUGGUGUAUCUGGUCGACCAAACAGACUUUUACAUCAGAGUACGAGAUGGCUUCCGGCAAAUCCAGCUUGGACCAUACAUAGCUUUACCCCCUGACCAGGGUAAUGAGGUAGCAGCUGUCGACCCUCCUCCAGUGGUCUUCUACCAGCCAGACCAUCCCUCUAACUCGGCCACAGAGCAACCCCCCAGACAGCUAGACCCCCACGAGCCACAGCCUGAGGGACAACACCCUGUUCACCCUGACCCACGUUACUCGACUCACCCGGAUCCACGCUAUCCAGCCCAGCCAGAUCCACGCUACCCAGCCCAGCCAGAUCCACGCUACCCAGCCCAGCCAGAUCCACGCUACCCAGCCCAGCCAGAUCCACGCUACCCAGCCCAGCCAGAUCCACGCUACCCAGCUCAGCCAGAUCCACGCUACCCAGCUCAGCCAGAUCCACGCUACCCAGCUCAGCCAGAUCCACGCUACCCAGCCCAGCCUGAUCCACGCUACCCAGCCCAGCCAGAUCCACGUUACCCAGCUCAGCCAGAUCCACGCUACCCCUCACAUUCAGACCCCAGAUACCCCUCACACACUGAUCCACGGUACCCCAGUUAUACAGACCGACAGCACAACCCUGACCCUGUUCAGCCGGUCCAGCCCCAGCCAGCCCCUGUCCCACAGAACCCGGUUUACACAGACACCCGCUAUCCUGUAACCCCACAACGCAGACCCAGACCCCCUGAGACCCCCAGCCACCAACACACGUCAGGCCCAAGCAUUCACCUGGUCGCCCUGAACGCCCCCCAGGGGGGUAACAUGCGGGGUAUCAGAGGGGCAGACUUCCUGUGUUUCAACCAGGCUCGGGCCAUCGGGCUGAAGGGAACCUUCCGGGCUUUCCUCUCCUCCAAGCUCCAGGACCUUUACAGCAUCGUCCGCAAGUCAGACAGAGAACGCAUGCCCAUCGUCAACCUAAAGGACGAGGUCCUGUUUGACAGUUGGGAGGCCAUCUUCAGUGACUCAGAGGGCAGAGUGAAGGACAAUGUACCCAUCUACUCCUUCGAUGGCAAAGACAUUUUCACAGACGGCACAUGGCCAGACAAGAUGAUAUGGCACGGUUCGACCAGCAGGGGGCACGGCCAGGUGGAUAACUACUGUGAGACGUGGCGUAUAGGGGAGCGUGCGCUGACGGGCAUGGCCUCCUCUCUACAAGAGGGCCAGCUCCUCCAACAGAGAACCAGCAGCUGUCACAGCUCCUACGCCGUGCUCUGCAUCGAGAACAGCUACAUCGGACAGUUCAAGCGAUAGGACUGACCGACCAAACGCACACACACACUACAGCCAGAUCAAGAGAUAAGCCUAAUGAAACACCCACACAAACACAUCAGCCAAUCCAGGAGGCCUAACAAAACGUACCUACCAGUGGAGGCUGGUGACUUAAAUAAAUAGGAGGAUGGUAGACCCAGGGUAUAGGUGUGGAACGCACGGGGACAACAAAGUGUGUUUCAAAAAUCGUCAAUGACUAAUUAUUUUAACCUAAAGCAUUUAAUAAAGCCAUUUAUAGUACACUAUUAUGGGUAAUGGGAAUGAGGGCUACUUACAGUGUUGGAAAAGGACCACAGCAAUGAUUGAACGAGGGUAUGAGGCAUGAGUUGAGGUGUUCAGAGGCUUGACCAGUGCAGGACAGGAUUUGCCUAAAAAGACAAACAAUAACACAACACACUACACAGUUAGACAAAAGGGCUAAGAAUGAGUUAGUCCAAGCAAGGAGUAAAGUCAUUGAUGUGUAAUAAUGUGAUUGUGUUUGUGUUUGACUCGAAAUACAGUAACGAGAGAAAAUUGAUAGGGGUACUCAGUGCUUGGAGAGGAAACAUUCAAUGUGCCAGUGGAUGAGCGAGCACAUAAGACAUGGAUUCAGUUCAUGUCAGGAGAUAGUUGACAAUGGUAGUGGAGUGAUCAUCACCUCUUAAUAAGGGAACAGGAGGGGACUUAGCUGGAAAUACAAAUAGCAGAUACAUUCCAUUACAGCUGCGCCGUCAUAGGUUAUGACAACAAGUUUCUCUAUGAAGUUAAACUCAGACAUCUCAAAAUUCAUUAAGUCAAACACAGACUGCGGCGCAUCUCGCCCACUUGACACAUCAAAGUAGCCCAAGAAACGUUCCUAAUUAAAGCCCUGAUCAUCCACAUACCUGACCAUAACUGACAACUGCAAGCAGACUGGUGGCACGAUAGGUCUCAGACCCCCUGGGGCCUGGAAUUUUUCCUUAUAUGGUAACCUAACUAGGAAAACUCUGGACCCUAUAAAGUAUGCCAGUGAUGAAUUAGUUGUAAAAAAGGUUAAUCAGACUGAAAUAUAGUCUCGUUUUCAUCCCAUACAGCAUGUCCGAUUUCUAGCGUUUAGGUGUGCCUAGGCUGCUGCAACAUUUAUGUCAUGAGUUUUUACUUGUGUCUGUCCUGAGUGGUUGUGUUCUUUGCUAAAUAAAUCCCGGAGGAAAGUAGAAAGCUUACUUGAGUGCACGCGAAAAAAUGUGCUGUGUCAACCUCUCUCUUUAAUCGAAAUGUUUAUGGAUGAUGCGAUGAAGCUAUCAAAUCAUUCUGAAUUGUUUUCGACAUCCUAGAAAAAACAAGUCAAAAGGUCGAUAUGUUCAACAAGUAAAGCAUCCUAACGUGCAAUUACCUCUGCAAGCUCCUUGUAGUUGCCCUUGUUGGCGGGAAUUCCCCCUCUCGUCAUGUCCUCUAUCGAUGCAGCUUUUCCCCAGAAGCUUGAAUGUCGGCAUUUAUAUUCUCCCUGCUUUUGUUUUGCCGUUUAGCUGACCGAUCGAUGUUCUUCAGGUCACUGUACCCACCUUUUGACCAAGGCUCAGACUUUCCCUAAAGCAGGCAAGGCCAGCAAUACAGGCAGCUUGAUGUUACCAGCUUUACUUUUGAUACCAGUUGGUAUUGAACACCCUCACCUUUUCAUCUUUCUUCAUGAAACUGAUCUCAGGCAGUGGUCGACCCUCCCUUUUCCGUGUACCCCAGAGAAUGAAAGGGGUUCUUCAACAAAGUCCACAAACUGCUAACUUCAGUAGCUAGCUAACUUGAAAAAAUGUUAAAUCAGUUGCACUAGCUGGGCACAAAAAUUAAGUUCUAAAACCAAGAAAACAAUUUAUAUACCUCUUCUGUCUCCUGUCAUUUGAAAAAAAAAAAUUGAAUUGAAUAAAAUACCAAAAAUGCUCAACUAUCACUGUUCACUCUUAAUCUCUAUCCGACAAUGUCACCAAGCUUCUCAACACAUAGAAUCCCCAUAAUGCUCUGUGGCACAAUCCCGAUACAACACACUGUUUGUUCUCUGAUCCUAAAAGCUUUGAUCGGUUGGAGGAUUUCCUCCGGAAGUGGUCAUAAUUACCAUGUAUGUCUAUGGAAGGGGGUGAGGUCUACAAGCCUCCUAGGUUUUGUAUUGAAGUCAGAGGAGGAUGGAAGCUAGCUGUCCUCUGGCUACACCAUGGUGCUACCCCAGACAGUGCUUUUGAAGUUACUGUAGACCAUUGCAAAACAGUGUAUUUUAAUCAAUUAUUUGGUGACAUAAGAAUAUAUUUAGUAUAGUUUUAUCUAAAAAGUAUAACUUGAAUGUUUCUAAUGUUUAAAUUUUUAUGAAAUUUCAGUGAGGAUGGUCCUCCCCUUCCUCCUCUGAGGAGCCUCCACUGAUACGUACACACACAAUGGUGCUUUGUAUAUAACAGCUACAUUCCCCUUCUCAAUACACUGUCCAGCUGGCCAAAUAGGACCACAUAUCCAUAAUAUGGGGUUGAUCAAGAACAGCGACAACCAGGCUAAGAGAUGGACCCCCUCCAAGCCACCCCCUUUUUACACUGAUCGCAGCUGACUAAACAGCCCACCCCGACCCCCUGCACAUACGUCUAAAUCGCUGUUCUGUAAACACCUCAACACUGGUUUUCAGUAGAGUUUGUAUUCAUUCCACUUCUCCUUUCACUGUCCACUUCAGAAAGCCAUGUUCAUUGGGGGUUAGAUAAGACUAUCACAAUGUAAAUUUAUUUUUUUGUGGUCUUACCCUCAAAAGCAUAAUACCUGCACUGUAGAAAGUCUAUAGCCUUUUAACAGUUUGCCCUAGAAUCAAACCACACCUACAGAUUAAACAGGACACAUUCUGUUCUGAGUCCAACAAGCUAAUUGUUGCAGUAUUGUACAUGAAAUGUUUAUUAUCCAAUGUUGUAAUUUUUUUAUUCACUUUACAUUGUUGUAAUCAGUACAUAUAACCAGUUUUUGAAGCACUAUCUAUAACAUUGUCGUAAAUGUUGGAUGGUUUUAUUUUGCUAGGGGACAUCAAAAGAGAACAGGAUAUUUAAAAUGUUUUGAUAACAAAAGGAGUAUUUAUUUUGCAAUUUAACAUUUUGUCAAGUAGUUUUAACAUUCACACUUUUCAGUAAUGUACUCCAUGGAUCUAUGUAUUGACAGAGGAAGAGAUGAGUCUGGGCCAAGAAUCAUGACAUUUUGUAUCAAACAUCAAAUGACAAUGUUUUUGUUUUGCAAUGUCCUUUUGCGUUUCAAAAUUAUCAAAAAGUGUUAAGUGUUUUUCAUGUCUAUGCACUGUGAUGGAAAUUAAAUAAGGCUUUUUAUCCAAAAUCCAAAGCAUUGCAGCUCACUGAAUUAACCGGUGUAUGACCCUGAUGAAGAGUUUUCUGAGGUGACAUGUACUGUGCCAUUUCUCUCAAUGUCAUCAAUGUUUAUUGCAAACAAACAAAUGCUACAUUGUUUUUCCAAACUGAUUUAUUUGUAAAUAAAAAAUAAAAUGUUGACAUGUCUUUUUUUUACAGCAACAAAAUAGGUUCACAGUCAUUCACCCAAAGUGUAUAUUUUCGGCAUUGAUUGAAGUCAGUGUGACAAUAAUAAACAUGAACAAUUCUGACAGUUAA